AAACAUGGCGACGGAGGUGCAGAAUUUAGACGAAAAUGAAAAGAAAAUUGUUAACGAAUUCUGUCACCAUCUCGAAAAAUCUAAACAACUCUUCAAUGGCCUGAGGUAUAUUUGGACCGUAUAUUUUACUAUGUAAUUUUUUUCAGUAUUAAUUAAAGUAUAAUGUAUAGUAUGAAUAUUUAUAUAGGCUAGUUAUUAUAUUAUUUUCCAUUAAUAUUAGGCUGAGCAUUCCGCACCUGGAUACCAGAGGUGAGAGGUUGAGAUUAAAAAACUAUUUAAAAUAUUAUUGUUGGGUUUGUAAGACAAAAUGAGGUAUCAAAUGAAAGAUAAUUGAAUGGACUAUAUGUUUGUAAACUUACUUCUUCAGUUUAACUGAAAUAAACUACCACAAAUGACAUUGGAAUAGCAAAUAGCAUUGGUCUACUAAUGGGACCUGGGUGCGAAUGGCUGCUCUGCGUGUCCGGGGCCAUUUUGCGUGUCCGGGGCCAUAAGAUCAUCAAUAUCACUUUCUUCAUUAUUUCAAUAAAAAUUACAUCGAUCUGUUUGAUUGUUUCAUCAUCGAAACUUGUUUGCCUGGUAAAUAGUGCCCAACAGCUUGGAAAGCCAUGAAGGAAGAACUUUGAACUCUCAUAAAAUUUUCACGAAAGGAGAUAAAAACAAACAUAAUUCUUUAGUUUAAAGAAAGGCUUUAUUCUUGUGAGAGCAGCAUAUAAUUUUAUCAGACUAAUGUAUGGUGGUUUAGUUGCUAGACACUCUGAACGAGCAUUAUAUCUGACAUUCCACCUGACAUGCUUCUGACUGACAUAAUGGGCAGGCAUUUGGGGAUUUGGGAGGGCUACAGCGGGCUAUAAUGCCAGCAGGGAGUUACAUUUUUUAAUAAAAGAAUGACUUUUCAUGUACUUUAUUAUUUUUUUAAAAAAUACACAAACAUUUCUAUAGGGACUUUCAGCCCUUUGUCUUGGCAUAUGAGAGUGUUUGCAUUAAAAGUAGGUCUGGCAAGACUGGGUUAAAUAACUUGAGAUUUAUAAACUUUCUCCUUUAAAAAUGAAAAAGCUUCAUCAUUAAAUUUAAAAAAAAAAAAAAAAAAAAGUUUUCUUUUAAGUGGUAGAUUUUAUAGUGCAUCAUACCUUACAUUUUCAGGGAUCUGCCUCAGUAUGGCCACAAACAAUGGCAGUCCUACUUUGGUCGUACAUUUGAUGUCUACACAAAACUAUGGAAGUUUCAACAACAACACAGGUUCAAAUUGCUCAUCUCACAAUCAAAAUUUUUGUGGACAUUGACAAUUAAAUUUUACACGGCAUUUCAACAAUUUAACAAUAUGAGGUUUUAGGUUUAAAUUUAAUUUAUUGAAUAAAUCUUAUAUGUUUUGGUUUGGAAGUUUAAUGAAAAAAAUGGUUAUUUAUAUGUGUUAGCUUCAGUUUUACUAGACAAGUUAAAUAUAUAAUUGUUGAUGUAUUUUGUGUACCUCUUUACCUUUGUUAGCGUUCUUUUUGUAUUUCUUUAAUAUUUGAUAUUUUUACCUUGACAGAGCAAUUUUGGAUUCGAAAUAUGGAUUGAAGAGAUGGCAAAUAGGAGAGAUAGCUUCCAAGAUUGGCCAACUAUACUACCAUUAUUAGUAAGUAAAGAAUGGUACUUGCUAACAAUGUGAUCCAGCAGUUUAUGUCUUGAAGGGCCUCUAUUUCAUUACAGACAAGCUGAUAUACAGGGGUGUCAAUGAAGUGAUGUUUGGAGUUUAUAAAGCCUUAGUAUUAUUGCAUGUCUCAUGUUUACUGUGACAGAGAUUGGUGAAGUAAAAAAAGCAUUCAUAAAAUAUUUAUUUCCUUACUCUAAAGCCUUCUUUAGAAUACAAAUAAGCAAUAGGAAAUGAUGUUCUAAAAGUCUAUUUUGAAGGUGUUUGCUUUCCUGUUUCAGGAGUCUCUCAUUUAUCAUGUCUUUUUAGUUUGGUAACUGGAAUAAGGAUGUUGGUUCAUUCUUAAAAUAUCAGAUCAAACAUUUGAUAUAAAAAAAUGUGAAACAAAAAAUUUAAGCAAGUAGUUCACUUUAGCUUUUUUAAGAUAACUUAGGCAUUUCAUGUUACUUAAAUAAAUUGCACCACCACACAUACAUUUGAGAGCAACUUCUGGACAUUUCAUUUUACUUGAAUACACAGCACCACCACACAUACAUUUGAGAGAAACUACUGGACAUUUCAUUUUACUUGAAUACACAGCACCACCACACAUACAUUUGAGAGAAACUACUGGACAUUUCAUUUUACUUGAACACAUAGCACCACCACUCAUAUUUGAGAGCAACUACUGGGCAUUUCAUUUUACUUGAAUACAUAGCACCACCACACAUGCAUUUGAGUUUUUAAAAUGUAGAUAAAAAUAUUUAGGGACCCCCCUAUAUUUUAAUGUAAAAUAAGAAUUAAAUUACAAGGAAAAUAUUAUGCAAUCUAUCAUACUGUUGAGUUCCAAACUAUCAAAUAAAUUUAUUACAAUUAUAAAAUAAUUUCGUUCUCUUUUGAUGAGAUUUUUGGUCCCCAAAACAAAAUCCCUGCAGAGCUGAUCACCAGUGACUUGUAUUACUAUUUUUUAUUUAAAUAAUUUAAUUAUUACAAAUUUUGUCUGAUCUGAAAACUUGGGGUGAUCAGUUAUUAUUGAUGAAAUGUUCAACCUUGCUUCAGAUGAGUUAUACUAACAUUCAUAAUUGGGUUAUUCUAGCUAAAGUUGAAUAUCAUCAUUGCUGUAUUUGUCUAGAAACAAAGUAAACACUAAAAGUGUCUUUUAAGUUUCAGUUUGUUUCACCCCUUCCUUUUUUAUAGUUUGAGAACCAGUGAAACAAACUACUUAAAUGAGUCUUUCUCAUUCUACUCUGCCAUACGGAUGAGGGCUUAUUACUCAAAGGCAAGCAAGGAAGAGAGGUUGGUCAAAGAAAUUAGGUUUGCACCAAUAAGCUUUUGAGCAUUUUUGCCUACCUAUCAAAUGAAAUUAUAAUUAAGUUUUUUUACAUACUAUUUGACACAUUUUUUUAAAACUGUUAAUUUAUUGUGUAAUGAAUGAUACUUAUUCAGAAACCCAUGAUCAUGAUUUAUGGGGUAAUCUUGUAUAACAUGGUACUUACUCAGAAACCCAUAUCAUGGUUUAUUGGGUAAUCUUGUAUGACAUGAUGCUUACUCAUGAUCAUGAUUUAUUUUUCUGUCACAGACCUGAUCUGAUGGUGAAGAAGUUGAGAUACUAUGCCAGGUUCAUUGUUGUCUGUCUGCUGUUAAAGAAAAUGAAACUAGUCAGGGAUUUAGUAAGGGUAUGUGGAACCAUUUUUGAUGAGGAAUAGAUGCAUGGUUGAUGCAUCAAGUAUUUUGGAAGAGGAAGAAAAAUGAUGAUUAUUAUUUUUUCUCUAGAUUACUGAAGAUUGCAACAUUUUACCAAUUUCAAAAAAAUUAUUAAAUAAUUAAUUUUUGCAUUCUCUUCUAAAAAGAACAGUUUGUAGUAGUGUAAACUAGAGCAUUUUUUUUGUAAUUUAAAAUAAAAAAUUUUGUAGUUAUGUAAAAAAAAAAAAAGGUAAUUGCAUGACUCUCUCUGUAGGAGUUGGCCAAGCAAAUAGAUGACUACACUGGUACUUACGAACCUGAAGAUCACAUGGAGUGGAAUCUGGUCUUAGGGGAAAUUAAAGCAUUCAUUGAGGUUGGUCCUAUUUGCAGUGGACAUAGUUAUAUUUUUAACCUAGUUCAAGUUUAGUCGAUGAAAAGCAAUGAUUCUGUUCUAGUAAAUAAAUGAAUUAAAGUAGCUAUAAUAAAUAAAUGGCUUAAAGUUACUAAAGAUAUAAUAUCUGUAACCUGGUUGUAGUUCAGUUGAUGAAAGAAUAUGUUUUGUACAAGAAAAUAAAUGCCUUGUUUGAAUACUGAAGAAACUUUUUUCAUACAAAGAACUAAAAAUAAACAUUGUGAAAUGCCAAAUCUAUGGGGGGAAAAAAUACUUUAUAAUUCUGUAUUGGUGGAAAUACAAUGAAUGUCAUACAAAAAGAUUACUCAUACAGCAGAUUAAAUUUGCUCUGUAUGAAUAAUUUUGAACUAAGUUUUUAAAUUGUUGACAAUUAAAGAGGAAGGCAAAUUGAUUUUAAAGUAUAUAACAAUGUUUAUUGCGUUUAGGGAGAAUUCACAUUGUUUUCUAACUUACGUUACUAAAUUUUAAAAAAAAUGUUUUUGAUUUGUGAGACCUGUAAGUCAACUAAUAUUUUGGUUUGUGAGACCUUUAUGUCAACAAAUAUUUUGGUUUGUGAGAACUGUAUGUCAACAAAUAUUUUGGUUUGUGAGACCUGUAUGUCAACAAAUAUUUUGGUUUGUGAGACCUGUAUGUCAACUAAUAUUUAGGUUUGUGAGACUUGUAUGUCAACUAAUAUUUUGGUUUGUGAGAACUGUAUGUCAAGAAAUAUUUUGGUUUGUGAGACCUGUAUGUCAACUAAUAUUUUGGUUUGCGAGACCUGUAUGUCAACUAAUAUUUUGGUUUGUGAGACCUGUAUGUCAACUAAUAUUUUGGUUUGUGAGACCUGUAUGCCAACUAAUAUUUUGGUUUGUGAGACCUGUAAGUCAACUAAUAAUUUGGUUUGUGAGACCUGUAUGUCAACUAAUAUAUUUUGUUUUGUUGUGUUCUGGCCACUAGGCUGACAACUUAAUCAAUGUGGUGGACGUGGACUCCUCGUCUAUAGUAUUGUCUCACAGACUAACGCCACUCAAUACAACACCUUUGGAGAAAGGCACCCCAGUGUAUCUAACUCUGCAAGAAGUACUCAUUGUGGGAAAUUGUCAUGAACAGGUAGGGUCAUUACUGUAGGCAAAUGUCAAAUGACUCACACUAAAAGUGUUUGUCCCUUCAUAAAAAGUUGUUUUUGAAAAACUAGCUCUUAGUUUGUUUCUAUCUGUAUGACGUGUCAUGAAAGCAGUGAGUGAAGUUUGCAUUGCUCUCUCCUCAGGUUAAGUUCAGUGAGCUGACCCUCGACAUGUUCAGAAUGUUACAGACGCUUGAGAGGGAGCCACAAGAUGACCUUUCUAACCAGAUUUAUGACAACUCUCCAGCCCCCGGCAGGACUCCAUUUGUAGGCCAGAUUUUUUUUUACUAUUGAUAUUGCUAGGGUAGACUUUGUGCUGCACAGUCCUUUUUUCAGUCAUUCUUAGAAACAAGGCCGUGUGGUUUAGGCUACGGAAUAUACUGUGUCGAUAUGCUAGAAAUAAUCUACCAAGUUCUGUCGUACUAUAAAAUGUCAAAAUAGGAUAUUAAAAUUUCUUAUUGCGAAUUGAUACAUUUUUGACUUAUUGAAAUAGACCGGGGUCUUUUAGAUUAUACAUGUUAACAGUAACAGUUUCUAAUCGUUGUGAUAACUUUUUGAAGUUGUGCCGCAAGCCUUAUAUUCUGUGUUAUCUGAUUUGUGCCAGGAGAAUGGCGACCGCACCAACAAGCGGGACAAUCCUCACAAGUACCUGCUGUACAAGCCGACCUAUGGACAGUUGAACACCUUCCUGGCCUCAGCUUUUAAAGAGCUGCCACCAAACGGGGCCAUGGUGUUGUACAUAUCAGCUGACGGCUGUCCUGGAAACCAGAAACACACAGAUGAUGGUAAAACUUGAAUUCUCAAUCGCAGUGGGCGCUUACUUUCUCUCGUUUCAUUGUAGCUUUUGAAUGAUUAUUGUCAUCUUGUUAAUGAGUUUUGGAAAUAGUUAUAUUACUUUGGGCAUUAUUAACAAUAUCCCAUAAGGAGUGUUAUUAAAAGAAUAUUUCCACACUAGAAAUAAUCUGCCAAAUAAUGGUGGGGGCAAUGUGUGAACUUCCCAUCUACUUAAGUUACUUCACAAAAGUGCAAUCAAGUAACGUGCUUUACAAGAAUCCCUAUUGGUGCUAACUUCUGGGAACUUUAUUUUGCGCGCUUAUUACAGCUAUUACAAAACUUUAUUUUUGCAGCUGCAUAUGAUCUAGGGGGCGUCAUCACCAACAGCAGACGUGAAGGAGAAGAGCAAACUAAGGGAAAGAAGGCGGAGCUCUACAAGGAAAUGCACUGGUUAGUUUUCACCCUGAAAUUCUUUGAUUGAUCAAUUUAUUUAUUAAACCUAUAAUGACCAACUCUUAAUUUUGAACUCCUACUCCUAUAACAAUGUUAGUUUUCUUAUCUUGGCGGAUUCUCACUUUUUUUACACACAGAUUUUUAGGGGUAGUGUUUAAAGAUUCUACAUCUCUUUCUGCAUUGUUAAAAAUAACCUUGUCAGGACUUAACUAAUCAAGAUUUGGUGAAUGCACAUUUUCAAAGAACUCACUAUAUUUUGUGGGUUAAAUGUUGCUUUUUUUCCCAAUAAAAUUUCUUCAAAACUAUCCUUAGUCCUAUCGACCAAAGAUAAGUGAUGGGAGUUACAGUUUGACUAAAGCAAGUCGAGUGUUUCAAAUUUCAAUUAAAAAGGUUUAAUGGAACUUAAAAAAAAAAAAAAUACAUUUUAGAUUACUGUAAUAUUAGUGCACCAAUCUGAAUUUGUCAGGAUUUUCAUGCUAAAAUUUGUUAUUCAUUGGAUGAAACUGUGAUGGUAUUCAUUGGAUGAAACUAUGAUGGUAUUCAUUGGAUGAAACUGUGAUGGUAUUCAUUGGAUUAAACUGUGAUGGUAUUCACUGGAUGAAACUGUGAUGGUAUUCAUUGGAUGAAACUAUGAUGGUAUUCAUUGGAUUAAACUGUGAUGGUAUUCACUGGAUGAAACUGUGAUGGUAUUCAUUGGAUGAAACUGUGAUGGUAUUCAUUGGAUGAAACUAUGAUGGUAUUCAAUGGAUUAAACUGUGAUGGUAUUCAUUGGAUGAACCUGUGAUGGUAUUCAUUGGAUGAAACUGUGAUGGUAUUCAUUGGAUGAAACUAUGAUGGUUAUCAUUGUAUGAAACUGUGAUGGUAUUCAUUGUAUGAAACUGUGAUGGUAUUCAUUGUAUGAAACUGUGAUGGUAUUCAUUGGAUGAAACUAUGAUGGUAUUCAUUGGAUGAAACUGUGAUGGUAUUCACUGGAUGAAACUGUGAUGGUAUUCAUUGGAUGAAACUGUGAUGGUAUUCAUUGGAUGAAACUAUGAUGGUAUUCAUUGGAUUAAACUGUGAUGGUAUUCACUGGAUGAAACUGAUGGUAUUCAUUGGAUGAAACUGUGAUGGUAUUCAUUGGAUGAAACUAUGAUGGUUAUCAUUGGAUGAAACUGUGAUGGUAUUCAUUGUAUGAAACUGUGAUGGUAUUCAUUGGGUGAAACUGUGAUGGUAUUCAUUGGAUGAAACUGUGAUGGUAUUCAGUGUAUGAAACUGUGAUGGUAUUCAUUGGAUGAAACUGUGAUGGUAUUCAUUUUAUGAAACUGAUGGUAUUCUUUGGGUGAAACUGUGAUGGCAUGGUAUUCAUUGUAUCGAACUGUGAUGGUAUUCAUUGUAUGAAACUGCGAUGGUAUUCAUUGGAUGAAACUGUGAUGGUAUUCAUUGGAUGAAACUGUGAUGGUAUUCAUUGGAUGAAACUGUAAUGGUAUUCAAUGGGUGAUUCUGCAUAAGGUUCCCCCAGGGCUUUGGUAAACAAGUCUGUAGUGGCUUGCUGAACCCCUGGUGUUACCCGGGGAACAAAAGCACAAUUGCAUGAACCUGCAUUGGAAGACAAAGAACAUGCAUGGUAUCUGCCGAAAAUGGUAGCAUCUAUAGGGCUACCAACUGUGAAGAAUCUGCAGUUGGAUCUAAAAGCCAGAAACAGGGUAGGGAUCAUGAUUACAUGUUGCUGUUAACGGAUAUGAGGCAUUUGGUGGGUAGUGCAGACUUGAUUCCACACGACACGCGAUGCGAGUAGUUAUUGUAUAAAUUAUAUAUACUGUAUGUUUAUUUAUUAAGAUACUGUAUUGUACGAUUUUGAGAUGAUAUUGUACGAUUUUAGAAGUACGAAGGUAAAAAUGUCUGGUAAUGGCAACCUCAUUCCAUUGAUUCUAUUUAGACAGCAACUGUGGAAGCUGUUCCUAGGCAACCGUUUUGUCCCAGCUGCUUCGUGAAUUAGUUGUAAGGUAGAAACCCUCUGUAGAAACCCACUGUAGAAACCCACUGUAGAAACUCACUGUAGAAACCCACUGUAGAAACCCUCUGUAGAAACCCACUGUAGAAACCCUCUGUAGAAACCCACUGUAGAAACCCACUGUAGAAACCCUCUGUAGAAACCCUCUGUAGAAACCCUCUGUAGAAACCCACUGUGGAAAUCCACUGAAGAAAUCCUUAUUGGACUAGAGGGCACCUGAUGCUUCCCCCAGUAUUUGCAGGGGAAGAAUUUAGGAUGUAAAUAUACCAUCCCGACUCCUGGGGAAGUCCAUAGCUGACGGUGUGAGAAUAGUAUCACCGGCCAACCGGAUGUCCUUGUGCUGGAGUGGCCUCCGUCGGUCCCGGAUCGAGUGGAUGCUGGCGGGAUCUGUCCUGGCAAAGGGAGAUCUCCAAUGUGCCGCUUCACAGCCCAACAGUUGGGCAAUGGGGGUGCUUUGGGGAAGGCAUAAAGAGCUUAUGUACUAGCUCCAAAGCUCACUGAAACCAUUUCCUAAUGUGGUUUUUUUGUGUGAUUCCUUCAUUCAAAGUUUAUGGGUCGUCUUAUGCACCAAAGCUUCCAAUAAGCCAUAAAUUGUGGUAAUAAAUUGUUGGUUUAUUACACCAAAAUUUUACCAAAUUUAUUUGUACCUUGCAUGAAACUUCUGGAUUGAAACUAAGGUUAAGGCCUUAGUGUAAUUUUAAAAGGUUAAUAUAAAUACCACUACAAAUAUGUGGCUGAAAUAGAUGUGAUUUGGGUUAUUAUUUAUAUGUGUUGAAAAUAUAUGUGAGCCAUUAUUUAUGUGUGGGGGGAAAUAGAUGUGAUUUGAGCCAUUAUUUAUAAGUGUUUGAAAUAGUUCUUUGAGCCACUAUUUAUAUUUGUUUGAAGUAGUUGUACUUUGAGCCAUGUAUUUGUUUCCUUAGCCUCCACCCAGGAGACCUGUAUCCCUACACCAGGAAGCCUUUAUUUCUUAUCAUUGACAGCAGUAACAGUUCAGCUUUUCAGGUAGGUUUAAUCCAAUAUGUCAAAGUUAGCCGUUGUUUAAUCCAGUAUUUCACAGUUAGCCAUGGUUUAAUCCAAUAUGUCAAAGUUAGCCAUUGUUUAAUCCAGUAUUUCAGUUAACCAUGGUUUAAUCCAAUAUGUCAAAGUUAGCCGUUGUUUAAUCCAGUAUUUCACAGUUAGCCAUGGUUUAAUCCAAUAUGUCAAAGUUAGCCGUUGUUUAAUAAAGUAUUUCAGUUAGCCAUGGUUUAAUCCAAUAUGUCAAAGUUAGCCAUUGUUUAAUCCAGUAUUUUACAGUUAGGCUUGGUUUAAUCCAAUAUGUCAAAGUUAGCCAUUGUUUAAUCCAGUAUUUUACAGUUAGCCAUGGUUUAAUCCAAUGUGUCACAGUUAGCCAUUGUUUAAUCCAGUAUUUCACAGUUGGCCAUGGUUAAAAUCCAAUAUGUCAAAGUUAGCCGUGGUUUAAUCCAGCAUUUCACAGUUAGCCAUGGUUUAAUCCAAUAUGUCAAAGUUAGCCAUUGUUUAAUCCAUUAUUUUACAGUUAGCCAUGGUUUAAUCCAAUAAGUCAAAGUUAGCCAUUGUUUAAUCCAGUAUUUUACAGUUAGCCAUGGUUUAAUCCAAUGUAUCACAGUUAGCCGUUGUUUAACCCAGUAUUUCACAGUUAGCCAUGGUUUAAUCCAAUAUGUCAAAGUUAGCCGUUGUUUAACCCAGUAUUUCACAGUUAGCCAUGGUUUAAUCCAAUAUGUGAAAGUUAGCCGUGGUUUAAACCAGCAUUUCAAAGUGUGCCAUGAUUAAAUCCACCCAUGGUUUAAUCUAUUAUUUCAUAAUUAGCUGUGAUAGGUUUAAGUUUAAAAAUGAUUCGAUCAAUCAGUUGUUCAAUUUUUAAAUACAGAACUAUAGAAGGCUAAAUUAGAAAGAGUUGCAGUAAUUAAAACCAUCAAACUGUAUUCUUUAGGUUUAAAUCUUUCCAAAAUAUGUGAAUGUUUUGAUUCUCCACAGAAUUUCCCCAACAUGUUUGGCCAGCCUCUAGUCUGUCUUUUGUCUCCUGAACAAGUUCCUGUCACAAUGCAGGGUAUUUUAUUUUAUUUUUAAUUUAGUCCCUGUCAUUUCUUGGUUCAGUGCAGACAAAAAAUGUUAAAUAAUUUUUCUAAUAUUUAAACAUUUUUAAAAAUUUAAAAAUUACUCUCAAUGAAUUAAUUAGCAAGAAAGAAAAUAUUAAAUUUAAAUUUGUGCACAUUACAAAAGUUUUAAUGAAUUUUUUUUUUUUUUAGAUUUACAAAUAUUUAAGGAUAGGAACAUAUUUAUUGAAUUUGAAUCCUAUUUAUAUACUCAUGUAUUUAGGAGAGAGGCUAUGAAUAUGUUAAAUUGUUAGCCAAUGCCAUGGCUGGAUUCUCUUGUGGUGAUACCUUGUGUGUUUGUUGUGUGCAGACCAGCAGUUGAAAGGUAAUCUCUUCACACUGUUCCUCCACUGCCCACUGAUGGCCAUGUGUUGCGUGUGUAACAUCGGGGACAUCCCAAUCACUCUGUGGGACAAGUGCCAGGCUCAAGUGGACAAGUUUGUAGCUGAUGCCUCGAAGCUCUUCAGUCGGGCUAGGAAACUGGGUAAGCUAUUCAGUAUGGCCAGGAAACUGGUUCUGUUAUUCAGUCUGGGUCAGUUAUCAGUAUGGCAACCUCAUGCUGAUGAUUCUUUUUACACAGCAAUUGAGGAAGCUGUUUCUAGGCAACCGUUUCAUCACAGCUGCCACGUAAAUUAGUUGGAACCCACUGUAUAAAUCCCUUUUAGAGGUUGUCUGACGCUUCCCCAGAAUGGGCGGGAGAAGAUUUUAGAACGUAAAUAUACCGCCCCCACUCCUAGGAAAGUCGACUCCUGACGCUGUGAAAGCAGCGUCACCAGCUGAAUGGAUGUCCUUGGGUUGAGGUAGCCUCCAUCUAUCCCGGACUGAGUGGGUGCUGGCAGGGACUGUCCUGGCAAAGGGAAUCUCCAACGUGCUGCUUUGCGGCCGGAUAGUCUGGAAUUAGGGGGUUGCUUUGGGGUUGGCUUAAAAAGCUUGCGACUAAAGCUUGACGGCUCGCUUACGCCAUUUCCUAAUGUACAUUUGCAGUAGGGCUAGAAAACUGGGUGAGCUGCCAAAAACAAUUGUAUGCAAUCUACAACAGGUUUCAUCUAAGAAAGAACUAACAACUGACAUGAAACUGAUAGACAAUGGCUGAAAGUGUUUGAUCAGAGAGUAGAGCAGACCAUGGCUUAAAGUGAAUGUCAGAGUGUAGAGCAGACCAUGGUUGAAAGUAUUUGGUCAGAGAGUAGAGCUUUGAAAAAAAAUUGAAGUCAACAUCAAUGGGAAGUGUAACAAAAAUCUCAUUUGAAAUCUACUUCUCACUAUUCCAGACCACGCCUACGUCCAGUUUUUAGGUGAUGACUUUUUGCGGCUGCUACUUCUCAGAUUUGUCUUCUGCUACAUCGUUCUCAUUCUUCACAGAGGAUUCAAGGUAAGGAAACAUAUUGAUCAUAGUAGAUUUCUAGCUUGCCUUGUCACAUUUGGACUGAAUACUUAGUCAACAAAUAUAACAGAUGGUAAGCUGUCCUUAUCACUUAUUGUGUUUCUCUAGAUCACUGUUUCCAAACUUUUUCUAUACUCAAAAUCACCCUACCAAUUAUUUGGAUACUCCUGCACCCAUUUCAAAUUGUUUUACCAAGCCUCGCCUGCCUUCAAAAUUGACGAUGCAUUUAAAAAAUAAUGAACUUCUAAUUAUUUUAUUGGAUUUCAAAGAGAAUUCUAAAACUUAGAAAAUAAACUUCUGAAAUAUAGAAAAUAAAAUUGUAAAUAUUUAAAAAAUCAACUUGUGAAUUUUUACAAGAAGUAAAAUGCAAAUUAAGAAAUUAAACCAAAGAAAGUAUAAACAUUUAUAUGUUAACUAAAAAGCUAAGGUCUCCUCUCUUCCUAUAAUUUUUCUUUUCCUUGCACCCCAGGUUGAGUAACCCUGGUCUAGAUUCUAAUUGCUGGUGUUUCCAUCACUUAAUAGCGUGCUGUCUAAUAUUUUCCUGAUAUUUUUCACCCUCAGGGUCCCAGCUACUACCCCGCCUCACACCCAUCCCUGCCCACCGAUGAGAUUUUAGAGCACCCUGCGCUGUACAAACUUGUCCUUGACCUUGCCACCAUGUUGGAGGUCCGAGGUCUGUUUGCUGAACCAGGCGAUGUUGAUAUAUCAGCAUAGACAAGUUACUAGGCUACAACACACGGUCUUCUUGCCUUUAAUAUGGUUCUGUAACUGACAGCAGGUUUGAAUUAUUAAAAGUUCAGAACCAUCAUGCCAAGUUCAGAACCAUCAUGCCACGUUGUACAGGGGUACACAUAACCUUCUGGACUGCUUUUGUUUUUUUUUAAAUACAUUUUUACACCUAGAAUAGUGUUUAGUCUAGUCAUGACAGACAUUGAUCUUGUGUUAUUGGAGAUAAAAGUCUAGGCC